AUGGCACCCGGCUAUCAUUUCGACCCAUACAGCAGGAUACACUGGUAUUCCUACAGCAACGCGGUUUAUUACUCCAGCGACCGAAGAACCUGGUAUCGCUAUAAUAUCAGUGGAGCAGCAGGGUACGCCAAAGCAAACGAAGUGCCCAACUACCCGUACUGGAAUCUCAGCGUUGCGAGGGCGGAGAUCCGGCUCAUCAUUCUGACCCCUCACGAGGACCCGUCCAGCCCCGUUGAAUGCCAUCUUGAGCAGGUGUCUCUGGGAGCAGCUGAGAAAUAUGUGGCUCUGUCGUAUUGUUGGGGCGACCAGAAUGACGGUAUGGUGGAAAUAACGGUCUCGGGGACGCGUCGUCGGGUGCGGAAAACUCUCGCGCAUGCCCUCCAGGAGCUGCGCCGAAGAAAGCACUACCGAGUGUGGGCAGACCAAAUCUGUAUCAACCAAUACAACUUCGAAGAGCGGGCCCAGCAGGUAGAUCGUAUGGGCGACAUCUACAGAUAUGCGUCCGUCACGAUGGCAUGGCUUGGGCAUUUCAGAUCAUCUGACACCGCGCUUUUCGGAAAGGCAUGUGCCCUCAUUGAGGCGUUGAUCGCCGCCUCAGAGGGCCAAAAGAACCAAAACAGGGAUACUGCAGCCAGCCCAGUGUCGGGAUCUUCAUAUCCACUCAAAAGCCUGAUGCAUUGGACAGGGCUCACGAGUAUGUUUCAGCGGGACUACUGGAGUCGUGCGUGGAUCAUACAGGAAGUCGCCGUGUCUAUGCAGGUUGAGUUCUUCUGGAACGGCCAGUCCGUCUCGAUGUCAGAUCUGCAAAAGGCAGUUGCUGGAUGCAAGGCCUUGGCUUCCACAAGCAGCGAAGCAAGUGCCUUGACCUCACUCACCGUAUUCGAGCACGUCGAGCGGCUUAUCCGGUUCCGCAACUUUCGAGAGUCGCCGAUCCGCCUCGUCGAAGCGCUCAUCCUUUCCCGGAGGGCAAAGUCUUCCGAUCCCAAGGACAAGCUGUACGCGUUGAAGCACCUGGCCAUAGACGGGCCAGACAGCGUGCCGUUCCCCGAUUACGAGGCGUCUCUGGACGACCUGAACCGCAAGACUGCCACCCUGCUCCUCCACUUUUACAAGGAUGCCGACAUUAUCAUGCUCCCGUGCCACUUCUGGGAAACCUGGGUCCCUCAGUGGAACGAUCCGGCAACUUGGGGCGAGGAACGAAUCAACAAUUAUUUGCUGGGAAAGAGCAAUUUCGUGGCAGAGCGAACUGAUCGCGAGUCUGGGUCAAGCAAAAUUGUCCGCAAAUGGAGAGCCACCAAGGGGUCCGAGGCUUAUUGGAGCAUCGAACCUGGCCGAAAACGGCUGCAAGUGCGAUACAAGAGACUGGGCCGCGUGGAACAGUGCUCAGCAACAAAUCGUGAAGCCAGCACUGCCGAGGUCGGUGAGCUCAGCGUCGUGAGAAAACCAACGUCAGAGACUUUCACCAUCUUUUGA